AUGGUCACUGAUAAUGCGGAGGCGAUGCUGAAGUCGUCGAAACCGUGGACCAGAGAUGCCAAUUAUUUCCAGCACGUUCACGUUUCUUCUCUGGCGUUGAUGAAGAUGACUCUUCAUGCCCAAUCUGGGGGCUCCAUAGAGAUUAUGGGUAUGCUCACGGGCAAGAUCGUGCGAAACGGUAUUGUUGUUAUGGACGUGUAUCCCUUGCCAGUUGAAGGCACAGAAACAAGAGUGAAUGCCCAGGCAGAAGGGUAUGAGUUCAUGGUUCAGUAUUUGGAUUCUCUGAGGUCAAGUGGCCGGUACGAGAAUAUCGUUGGCUGGUACCAUUCUCAUCCGGGAUACGGUUGCUGGCUAUCAGGUAUUGACGUUGGUACGCAGUCAUUGAACCAGCAGUUCCAAGAUCCUUAUCUGGCGAUAGUUGUUGAUCCAAUGAGAACACUGACUGAUGGUAAAGUUGAGAUUGGAGCAUUCAGAACUUAUACUGAAGAAUAUAUAAAGGCCAACAUGGGCAAUAUCAUUGCUUCAAGUCAUAUACCACAGGAAAAGGCCAAGGACUUUGGUAUGCACUCUUCAAAGUACUAUUCCUUAUCGAUACACGUUUUCAGAUCCAACAUUGAUCAUAUGAUCUUAUCCAAUCUGUGGAAC